AUGUCUUCCUCAUAUGAUGUGGUGAUCGUCGGGGCCGGCCUGGCGGGUCUUCAAGCAGCAACGACUCUCCAGGAAGCCGGUCUUCGCUAUAUCGUCUUUGAAGCGCGCGAUCGCGUGGGAGGAAAGACGUUGACAUUGCGCGACCCAAAAACCGGGAAAGCAAAGGCCGACAUGGGAGCGGCAUGGAUCAACGACAGCACCCAAAGCAAGAUGUGGUCUUGGGCCAAGGAGCUGGGGCUAGAGACGUACGUGCAGAACGUCUCAGGGGGCGUGGUUGUGCAAGACAUGGAUGGCAGUAAUGUUAAAUUCCCUUAUGGCGAUGUGCCCAAGUUUGCUUCAGUGGAAGACACCGAAUCCUGCCUUGCGAUUCGUGAUGAGGUCGACAGGCUCUCCACAGCACAAAACCUGUCUAUUUUUGCCGCCGGACCGCAUCGACAGCAACUCGACAACAUAUCGUUCGAGGCUUUUCUGCACAAGGCCAAAGCGACUGAAAAAGCCUUCGCCACCGCCCAGGUAUGGACGCACGCCAUGCUCGGUGUGGACCCGUCCGAAGUAUCCGCGCUGUACUUCAUCGAGUACUGCGCAUCGGGUGGAGGGCUGAUGACUGUGCGCGCCGAUGGCAAGCAUGGCGGGCAGUAUCUUCGGAUCCGGCAGGGAGUUGGAGCAUUCGCAGACGGCAUUGCCAAAAGACUGCGACCUGGGUCUAUCAAACUAAACAGUCCGGUAACCAGCAUUUCCCAAAACAGAUCCGACGGUAGCGUGUCCGUGACGACGAAAGGAUCUUCGGCUCAAACAUACCACGCUCGCAAAGUCAUCAUCACCGUCCCGACGCCGGUGUACAAGACCAUCAAAUUCGAUCCGCCGUUACCUGAGGCCAAGACCGCCGUGGUCAAUCGCACCCGCUACGGCUUUUAUACAAAGUAUCUCGUUACCUUCAGCAAGCCGUUCUGGGUGGACAAUGGCCUCUGUGGCCUGGCACAAUCGUUCACCGGCCCCGCUUCUGUUUUUCGCGACACUACUCUCCCCGAUGAUGGGAUUUACACUCUGACUUGUUUCCUAGGCGGUCAAUUUGGGCGCAAAUGGGCGGCGCUGGAUGUCGAGGCUAGAAAGUCAUCUAUCCUGAAACAAAUCAGUGAUAUCUUCAACAACGGUCAAGAUGUGACGCCCUUGUUUGUCGAGGCCUUUGAGUCUUCCUGGAUGCAUGAGGAAUACUCUGGUUGGGGAUGCCCGUGCUCUUCGAUGCCGCCAGGUGUUUUGGCCGAUGGCUGGGAAGCUUUGUGCGCUCCUGUGGGCAACUUCCACUUCGCCGGUACUGAGCUGAGUACCGUUUGGAGAGGGUAUAUGGAGGGAGCGACCAGGACUGGGGAACGGGAAGCGCAAGCUAUAAUUUCAGAGCUGAAGGGAAACAAGACGAGGGCAAGGUUGUGA